GAGGAGGAGGGGGUCCGUCUGUCUCUCCCCUGCCGUGUCCCCUUUCUCGGCUCGGCAGACGCCAUGUUGGUUUGAGCCGAAGAUGACAGGGGGUAGCUGCAGGCGAGGAUCGCGCUGAGGACCGGCACCUCCGGGUCGCGGCGGGGCGAGGCAGCGCGGCCAUCGCGGGGGAGGCGGGGGGGGCGCCGGAGCCGCCGGAGGACGACGCGGGGGAGGGCGGGCGGACGGGCUUGAGGCGGCGGCGAUGCGAGCUGAGAGCUGAGGCUGCAGGAGGCGGCCGACGCUGAACGCACCCCGGCCCCCGCCGAGUGCUGUGGCCGCCGGCGCGCCGCGGGGGAGGGCUUUCCCCUCAGGCAGCCCUGUCGGCCCGUCGCCCCGCCAGACCCUGUUGAAUGUCGCACACCGCCUAAGGGGGGGCGAAGCCCGGCGUCCUCCCCACGGCCCCGGGCCCACCCCGGCCCUCCCCGCCUCCCUGCCCCGCCGCCGAGGGCAGGAGUGAGGUCCUGCGCGCCCGAGUCGCCUGCGCUGACUGAGGAGGUGACUGGGACGCACCAUUAUCCCGUGAAUCAUCCCGUCGUCAUUUGUCAAGGCUAGGAGAGAAGGAAGAGGGAGAGAGAGACAGAGGGGGGGGCAAAAGCCCGCACGCAGCUCAUGUGGCGGUGUAGUCCUGCCUGGUCUACCUGGCACCGCUGGUGCGGCCGCUGCUGACAGAGAUCUGCUGCCAUCUCUGGCCUCCCGCUGGCUCCUCCGGCGCGGCCCCGGCACGGCUUGCCCCUGGAUAUCCCUGCUGCUCAGCCGGCCGCUUCCCCGCUGCACGUCGGCACCUCUUUUUCCUAGGGGACGUGGAAGUUGCUGCCUCCAACACUGACACCGGUUUUGCUUCUUGAACAUCCGCGGCGGGCUCUUCUUGGUGCUUUUUUUUUUUGCCUUUUUUUUUUGAAGUCGAUUUUAAGCCAUUUAGUGUAACAUCAAGAUGUCCAGCAGCGUUCCAGCUGAUAUGAUAAAUUUGCGCCUCAUCUUGGUAAGUGGAAAGACGAAAGAAUUCCUGUUUUCACCGAAUGACUCUGCUGCAGACAUCGCAAAACACGUCUAUGACAACUGGCCCAUGGAUUGGGAGGAAGAACAAGUCAGCAGUCCAAAUAUCUUGCGGCUUAUUUAUCAAGGGAGGUUUCUUCAUGGCAAUGUGACACUAGGAGCAUUAAAACUUCCUUUUGGCAAAACAACAGUGAUGCAUUUGGUGGCGAGGGAGACAUUGCCAGAGCCAAACUCUCAAGGUCAAAGGAACCGUGAAAAAACUGGAGAAAGCAAUUGCUGUGUAAUCCUGUAAACCCUGUUAGCUUUACCUGCUAAGUGUGAUGUAAUAUAGUCUUUGUCUUUCAUGCUGCUGGAAUAGAAGAGGCCCUACUUUGCUUCAGACACCUGUAGGAAGAGCCUGUCUGUAAAUCCAUGGAACUGAAAUAUUACACGAACACUGUCUCGUUAGUCUUUUCUUUUUCUUUUGAAGAGAAAGAUCUAUGAACACUUUCAUGGGUUUGGGGUCGGUUUGUUUUUUAAAUUCCUGCGUUUUAUUUGUUGAAUAAUCUUACAGUACAUCAGUUCUUGAAAGAAUUCAAUCUCCAGAGAAGUUAAUGUGUUCUUUUCCUUAGCAGGAAUCAUUUUGCUGCCACAAAGAUCUCCAUUAACCGGAUCUAACCAGUCAAGCUUUCUAGAUGCAAUUUGCACUAAAUAUGGUUGACAGUGUAUUUCUCAUCAACAAUCUCUAACGAUAUUUGAGACACUUACUAAUAACCUACAAUGUAUAAUGCAACACUGGAAAAUAGGAUAUCUAUAAUUAAAACACAUCUCACUUAUGGCCAAAUCAAAGGGAAAAACCUGUUAAUUCUACCUAAGUCAACCUUGGUGGCCGAACUGGCACAGAAUGCUAACUAAACCAAGUCUAACUAUAUAUAUUUUCACAGCAACAAGCAAACAAACAAACAAAAACUAUGUGCCUGUAAUUUAAAAGCACUCUGUAGAGGGCUGAUGAAACUGAUUCUUUCGUUACUGCGUGCACUCUGAUCUCGUUCGUUAGUUGAGUGCUUACUCAGACAGCACAAACAAGUGCAGAGAGUGCAUUUCCUAGCCUUAAUAUGGGAGGGGUAAUUUCCUGUAGUUCAUAGGCUUUUAUUAUUGUGCAUAAAUGUUAGAAAACAUCAUUUACUAAUCAAUUUUAUGUCUUUGAAAAUUGGCAAUUGGUGUUUUUCGGUCAUUUUCUCACCUGUACCUUAGUGUCCAGUGUCAUGCUUACUCAUUAGAGACUUCAGAAGAGUUAUGAAAAUUUAAAAGGCAAAAAGAAGAAAACCUCUGCCAUAGUACUAGUUUUGUUUCUUUACGUAACCUGCAUUUGGUAUUAGUGCUUGCAACAGUAUUAAAAUCAGAAGCUGAUUUUUGGAAGGCAUACAUAUUAAAAAGGAUGCCAUUCUUUUAUUUCAUAUCAAUAAUUUAAAUGUUGAUAUGCUAAAGGAAUUUGCACAGCACUAAAAGCAUGAGCUAGUUUCAUCUAAACCUGUAAAAAAAAAAAGACUAAAAAUUUAAAAAAAUAUGAAAGAUUUUCUAUUUUUUUUCCCCUGGGGAGGAAUUCUUCCUGGGUGAAAUUACAAAUACGUGUAGAAUAUAUUUAAUAAAAAUCUUAUAAAGUACAUAACUAUAGAAGUGAAAUAUAGAUUGGCGUGUAGUAUAAUAGAACAAUAUUCCAUAUAAAUAGCUUUAGCCUUUAAAAAAAACAAACGAGUCACAGGUUGACAUUGUGUUCUGUACUUCAGUGUCCACACCUCUUACAGAUGGUCCGUGUCAUGGGGUUUGGGUUUUUUUUCUCGAAUGAUUGGCACCAUUCAAAUGUCAUCAGAUUAUUUUAUUCGUUGUUACUGCUUUGAUGAAAUGCUUUAUAUGCAGUAGAUUUACAACAAUAUUGUUCAUACUGAUCAGAAUUAAAUUUGUAUAGAGCAGAGUUUUAAAACAAAUUGUAAAUAGCACUAAACAUUUUCUUUCUGCAACCUGUACUGAUAGACUCCUCUGUAAACUAAAUAAAACAAUAUUGU